AUGAGAAGUAUGAAACAGAUUUAAUGUAGCCCGAUAAGUAAUUAUAAACAUUAGACAUUUAGAAUAGGAAGCCUUUAUUCACAGUAGUAAUAGUCUAAGUUAAAGAAUAAUAGUUAACAAAACUCAAGCUAUCGUCAAAAUAAAGGUUGUCUAUUAUAUAACUAUCUUCAACGCUUUUAGUUUAUUCAUUAUAUUGACUCACUUUUAUUUUUACAAAAAAGGAGAAAUUGCUGUUUAUUAUUUAAUUAUUUAUAUCAGUAGGACUAGCACAGUUAGGCAGACCUUAGCAUGGUUAUAUAGUUAAAGAGUACAUUGAAAUAGAUAAAUUAGUUGGAUCCAAUAAUAAAUUCCUAACUUACUCAGAUUAAUUAGAGAAAUCAAGACAUUAAUACCCGUCAAAGCUAGGGUCUUAGCAAUCGUUAAUAGGAAUACUUAUAGAAUCAGAAGUUAGAGAUGUAGAAUAUUGAUAUUAAGCUUAAAAAAGGAGAUACUAUAAACCUCCUUUAGGUUAUAACUAUUUUAACGUCUAUCCAUUUGAAUUAAAAGUAAAUCCAAAGAUGCUUUAGCUUUGCAUUAUCUCCUAACGCGUUGUUUUGUUAAAUAUGUUUGAUGUCUUUUUUGGUAAUAGCUAAUUAUCAAAGUAUAAUACUAGUAGGUAACAAAGAUAAAUAAGGGAUAGACUCAAAGCUGCUACUGUCAUAAAACCUCCUGCUGAGGUCUACUUUUACUUUUGACUUCCAACCAAAAAGCUAAAUGGCGAAGAAAAAAAAUCUAUCUUUUAUGCAACUACUUAUAUUUUCUACAUAUUUAUUUAGUUUGUUUUUAUUCACUUAAUCCACAAAUUUUUUUACUUGA